AUGGCGGCGGCGAGGAAGGAAGGGCUUGCAGCGAGAAGCCAUGUCCUGGAGGGAGAUGAGUGGGAGCUGAGUAAAGAGAACGUGCAACCCUUACGGCAUGGCCGGAUCAUGUCCACGCUUCAGGGAGCUCUGGCACAGCAGGAAUCAGCCUGUAACACUACCCUUCAGCAACAGAAGCGGGCAUUUGAAUCUGAAAUUCGCUUUUACUCUGGAAAUGACCCUCUGGAUGUUUGGGACAGGUAUAUUACCUGGACAGAGCAGAGCUAUCCUCAAGGCGGGAAAGAGAGUAACAUGUCAACAUUACUAGAAAGAGCCGUAGAAGCUCUACAAGGAGAGAAGCGCUACUACAGUGACCCCCGGUUUCUCAGUCUCUGGCUCAAAUUGGGGCACCUGUGCAACGAGCCCUUGGAUUUGUACAGCUAUUUACACAGCCAGGGCAUUGGCGUCUCUCUUGCCCAGUUCUACAUUUCAUGGGCAGAAGAAUACGAAGCUAGAGAAAACUUCAAGAGAGCAGACGCCGUGUUCCAGGAAGGGAUUGAACGCAAGGCUGAGCCCCUGGAGAGACUGCAGUCCCAGCACAGACAAUUCCAGGCUCGAGUGUCUCGACAAGCUCUCUUGGCACUUGAGAAGGAGGAGGAGGAGGAGGUCCUGGGCUCUUCUGUACCACAGAGAAGCACGCUUGCUGAGCUGAAGAGCCGAGGGAAGAAGACAGCCAAGGCGCCCAUCAGCCGUGUGGGAGGCGCUCUGAAGGCUCCGGGUCAGAGCAGAGGAUUCCAAAAUAUAGUUCCUCAGCAGAUGCGCAGUAACCGCAGGAUCACUGUUUUUGAUGAAAACGCUGAUAACACUUCGAGGGCAGAGUUACCUAAGCCUGUCGUCCAACCGUGGAUGGCGCCCCCUAUCUCUAAGGCCAAAGAGAAUGAGCUACAGCCGGGCCCGUGGAACGCAGACAGACCCUUGGAUUAUAGGCCUCAUGGCAGUUCGGCCUCCGUAGUAGCUGCGCCCCCUUCGCUUCCCAGCUUUACGCCCUAUGUGGAAGAGAGCGCUCAGCAGACAGUCAUGACACCAUGUAAAAUUGAACCUAGUAUCAACCACGUUCUCAGCACCAGAAAGCCUGGGAAGGAAGAAGGAGACCCUUUGCAAAGGGUUCAGAGUCAUCAGCAAGGGUCUGAGGAGAGGAAGGAGAAGAUGAUGUACUGUAAGGACAAGAUUUAUGCUGGAGUCGGGGAGUUCUCCUUCGAGGAGAUCCGAGCUGAAGUGUUCCGGAAGAAACUGAAGGAGCGAAGGGAAGCUGAACUGCUGACCAGUGCAGAAAAGAGGGCAGAAAUGCAGAAACAGAUUGAGGAGAUGGAGAGAAAACUGAAGGAAAUCCAGACUAUUCAACAAGAAAGAGCUGGUGACCAGCAAGAAGAGAAGGUGCCUACAGAGGAGACCGCCAGACUGCAGAUUCCUUCGGAGUCCCAGGAAAGGCUGGCAGCAUCUCUGUCCCGUUCUGUCUGUCCACCAAGCUCUCACCCCAGGGAAACUUCACCAGCUAAAAACAUUUUGCAAGAACAGCCUGACUCUAAAGGUCCCAGCAUGCCUUUCUCCAUUUUCGAUGAGUUUCUUUCGGACGACAAGGACAAAAGUCUGGCUACAGAUCUUCCACAGGUUCCCAAAGCCCAGCGAAGACCCCUUGCUGUUCUCAAAACCACGGAAAUGAUUGCCUCAAAUGAGGAGAUGUCUCCCGAUGUUUGUGAUGAGCUUACAGGGAUUGAACCUUUGAGUGAAGACGCCAUCAUCACAGGUUUCAGUAAUGCGACCAUCUGUCCCAACCCCGAGGACACUUGUGACUUUGCUAGAGCAGCUCGUUUUGCAUCUACUCCUUUUCCUGAGAUACUGAACUUGAAGGGGGUCCCUUCCGGUCCUGAGAGACUGUUGCAGGAAGAGGAUCUUGAUGGCAAGACCACCGAGGGCUGUCUCACCGCACGGACCACUCUCUAUAACCAGACCCUCAGCGUCAAGAAGCUGAGCCCGAUUAUUGAAGACAGUCGUGAAGCCACACACUCCUCCGGCUUCUCUGGAUCCUCCGCUUCAGUUACGAGUACCUCCUCCAUCAAAGGCCUUCAUCUUCCCGAGAAGCUGGAGUUGACUAAUGACACCACAGAAAAUGCUAUUCAGUCACCCUGGUGCUCACAAUAUCGGCUACAACUACUGAAGUCCCUACCAGAGUCAAGUGAUUCUGCAGAGUUUUCUGUGGAAGAUAGACCAAUGCCGACCCUGGAGAUAGGGGAGGAGAUUGAGUUAGGCGACGAAGACUACUGCAUUAAACAGGAAUACCUAGUAUGUGAAGAGUACAAGUUAUUCUGGGCAAAAUCUAGAAACUCUGCAGAGUUAACCAUGAUAAAGGCAUCUUUUCAACCUAUCCCAUGGGAUUUUUAUGUCAACCUCAAGUUAAAGGAACGUCUGAAUGAGGACUCUGAUCAGCUGUGCAGCUACUAUCAGUACCAAGACGGCCAUAUCGUUUCCUACCAAUAUGUCAAGUGUUGUACCCUUCAGGAUCUUCUCCAGCACAGUGAAUCUGUGUCUCAUGAAGUAAUAGUCUUGAUCAUUUAUAACCUCUUGACAAUAGUGGAGAAACUCCACAAAGCUGAAAUAGUUCAUGGAGACCUGAGUCCAAGGAGUCUGAUCCUAAGAAACAGAAUCCAUGACCCCUAUGAUUGCAAUAAGAAGGAUCAUGCUGUGAAGAUCGUGGACUUCUCCUACAGUGUUGACCUGAGGGUGCAGCUAGAUGCUUUUUCCUUCAGUGGCUUUCGGACUGUACAGACCCUGGAAGGACAAAAGAUCCUGGAGAACUGUUCUUCACCCUACCAGGUAGAUCUGUUGGGCAUAGCAGACCUAGCACACUUACUGUUGUUCAAGGAACACCUGCAUGUCUUCUGGGAUGGGCUUCUCUGGAGACUCAGCCAGACUACUUCUGAGCUAAAGAAUGGUGAAUUAUGGAAUAAAUUCUUUGUGCGGAUUCUGAAUGCCAGCGAUGAGCCCACAGUAUCGGUUCUGCGGGAACUUGCAGCGGAAGUGAACGGGGUUUUUGACACCACAUUCCACAGUCACCUGGACAAAGCCUUGUGGAAGGUGGGGAAGAAGGAAGUGAGGACUGCUGAGGGGCUAGAAGACGGUUUGGCUUGACUUGAGGAAGCAGGAGUCAGAACAGAGAGGACUCUGAAAUGCGGACUGAUCGGGAAGAGAGGAAGUCCGAAGACACCGGCCCCAGAGAGGAGCACAAGCUGUCCUUGGCCUUGAGGGCUUGUUCUUUCAGUGAGGGUAAUGCAGAUCAUCUAGUUGUUUGUUCGUGUUAAAACAUCAGCGUUGUCUCUUGUCCCUCCAUCUGCACCUGAUUUCCCCACGCUUGUUCACUGUCACUGCUCUGAGUGCUACAGAGCAGAAAGUCCUCAGUGAGUGUCUCAGUUCAGAACUCAGCAAUCUGUACAGCUAAAGCCGUGAAACAUGAUUUGGAUCUGAAUGAGAAUUAAGAAAUAUUUUCUCUCACCCAAAAUACAGCUCUUCAAACAUGGUUAA